GGAAUUAAAAUUCAACUUGAUCCGUAUUCCGUGUUGUUAUAGCGAUGUAGAUAAAUUUCGAUUUCAGUUUUCCUGGUGUUCUUUAUGUCAAAUUUUUAUGAUUAAUGCGUCAGUCGAAGUCUAAUUAUUUAUAAUGUCUAAACUUAUCAACUCGCUUUGCAAAAUAUUUCUUUUAUUAAUUAUUUCUAUAUUUAUUUUACUUGGAAUCGCUAUAUUUCGAGCAGCUACUUUACCUGACGAGCACUUACCUGUGUCCUGCACUUCUGAUGAUAAAGAUUAUAUAUCUGAUGAAAGAGGAUUGACGAAACGCCUCUCUGAGGCACUUAAGUUUCAAACUGUGAAUUUUAAGCAACAUGAUUAUAAUAGAUCAGAACUUGCGAAAUUCAUAUCUUACAUUACCAAAAGUUUUCCAAUUAUUCAUAAAUCUUCUAUUAUUACCAGAGAAGUUGUUAAUGAACUAAGUCUUUUAUACCAUGUACGAGGUAGCAAUACCAAGCUGAAACCUUAUUUGUUGACUGGCCAUUUAGAUGUUGUUCCAGUUGAAGAAGCUUAUUGGGAUGUGCCUCCUUUCAGUGGUAUAGUUAAGGAUGGUUUUGUGUGGGGAAGGGGUUCUAUUGAUUGUAAACAUGUGAUUAUGGGUGUUCUUGAAGCUGUUGAAUUUUUGUUGGAAAAAGGAUACAAGCCCCAACGAUCAUUUUAUUUUGCCUUUGGACAUGAUGAAGAAAGCCAUGGAGUUGAUGGUGCUAAACAUAUCAGUUCUUUACUUAAAUCCCGAAAUAUCACAUUUGAAUACAUUUUGGAUGAAGGCACCUUUGUACUUGACAAAUUGUUUCCUGGAAUACAAUUUCCUGUUGCAAUGAUUAGCAUAUCAGAAAAGGGUAUGCUGGAUUUAGAGCUUACUGUUAAUGAUAAACCUGGGCAUUCUUCUUUCCCUAAAAGAGAAACUCCAAUAGUUGUUAUGUCUAAAGCUGUUUCAAAAUUGGAAGGAGAUAUGUUCCCAAGCCUGUUUGGCACAGGACCAGAAAUAGCAAUGCUUGAAGAAUUUGCUUAUUGUGUAUCAUUCCCUUUGAAAGUUGUUUUGAGUAACAUUUGGCUUUUUAAACCUUUUAUACCACUAUUUAUGAGAGAUCCUAUAUCAAGUGCUUUACAUAGAACCACCACAGCUGUAACUAUUAUAAAUGGAGGCCAUAAAGUAAAUGUUUUACCAAAUUCAGUUACAACCCGUGUGAAUCUCCGAGUACAUCCUGGACAGACUGUAUCUGAGGCUGUAGAUUUUGUUAGAAGAGUUGUAAAUGAUGAUAGAGUACAAAUUAAAGUUUUACAUCAAGCUGAUCCACAUCCCUUAUCUCCUAUUGAUACAUUUGGGUAUUUAACCAUAAAGAAAAGCAUCAAGCAGAUAUACAAUGAUACUUGUGUUCUUCCAAGUUUACUCAUCGCAAAUACAGACACAAGAUGGUACCUUGGACUUAGUGAAUCCAUUUAUCGCUUCAGCCUUGUCCGUUUGAAUAUGAAUGAAACUGGCCGUUUCCAUGGAAAUAAUGAAAAAAUAGGCAUCAAAAAUUAUGUUGAAGUGGUUAACUUUUUCUUGCAUUUGAUAAAGAAUUCAGAUCAGCCUGAAGUAGUUAUGAAACAUUCUCAUUCAGAGUUGUGAUGAAAUAUUCUGUGAUACCUUAGAAAUGAAAUCCAUUAAGAUCAUUUAUGACUGAAAAUGUUUUGGAAAAACCUUUUAUGCGAUCAAGGACUAGGGAAAUGUUGCUCAAAUAUUAUAUUUAUAUUUUAUAAAAUUUGUUACACAAAUAUUGUUUUAUUUAUGAUUUAUAAUAAAAUUUGAUCUGAA